CCUCCUGCCAGGGAGCCGGGAGUGCUGUGUGUUCUGCCUCACCAACUGCCUCAUCCACAGACAACUGCUGGGCUUCUCUGGGGCUUUUGCAUGGGUUUCUUUGCCUGGAGCAAAACAUUUGGCUGCUGACUUAUGAACUAACUCCUUAGACCUGUUUGAGGCACUACAGUGAAGAGCUGCAGGUAAAGGCCUGCAGUCUGAGGAGCAAAUUAUGUGUGUUUUCCAAGUGCCAUGAAGUGCUGCCACAGAAGUACCACUGCAAGGCAAAGUAUGUGGGGCUGGUGUGCCCUUUCUCUGCUAUAUGUGUGAUUGGACUCGGAAAUGGCUUUUAAUUGCAAUGUUUCGUAUCGAGCUUGUGGGGGGAGUCUUGCUGAGGCUGACACAACUCCCAAUUUGACUGAGUUAACUGGCUAAUUGGAGAGACAUGGGAAGAUGUACAUCGAAAGAGAGUAAGAGGCUUCUGAAACAGGAGGUGGAGAAAGAGAACUGCAUUCAAAAUCCAUUAACAGGAGCUUCAGCCAGCCUCAAGCAGUCAUCUGUAAUGCAGCUAAAGCAAGGUCACAGCAAAGUGAGCCGGAGGAUGGCUUUGGGGUGCGCAGGGAACGAGCCCCCUGGGUGGUGCAUUGAGGAUGCCGGCAGCGGGAUGCUCUACAGGCGGGGACGGCUCCUGGGAGAGGGCACCUUUGGACACUGCUACCAGCUGACAGAGGUGGCCAGCGGCAGGGUCUAUGCAGCGAAGGUCAUCCCGCGAGCCCAUCUCACUGCAGUGGGCAUCAGAGAGAGGGUGAGUCCAAGGAGGGGGGACAGAAUGUCCCAAAGGAGGGAGGGCAGUGCCCGGAGGGACCCUACAGAGUCCCACAGCCCUGCCCUUGCUCCUUCUCCCUCAUCCCGGUUGGGGGAUCCCUGGGCAGCUGCUGGGCUCCUGCCAAUGCAGGUGGAGCAGGAGCAGGAACUGCACAGCCGCCUGCACCACCGGCACAUUGUCUGCCUCCAUGGGCACUUUGCUGACCACCACCACGUCUACCUGCUGCUGGAGUACUGCAGCCGGAGGUCCCUCGCCGACAUCCUGCAGGUCCGGGGGAUGCUGACGGAGCCGGAGGUGAGGUACUACCUGCUGCAGGUCAUCUCAGGGCUGCGCUACCUGCACGGACAGGGCAUCAUCCACCGGGACCUCAAGCUGAGUAACUUCUUGGUGACCAAGAAGAUGCAGGUGAAGAUCGGGGACCUGGGGCUGGCACAGCUCAAGGCUCCGGCUGCUCUGCGCUGGGGGGCGCUCUGUGGGACCCCCAGCUUCCUGGCCCCAAAGGUGCUGGACCGCAAGGGACACGGGGUGCCCUCGGAUGUGUGGGCCCUGGGCUGUGCCAUGUACACGGCGCUGACAGGCACCCCCCCGUUUGAGGCUGCUCAGCAGCAGGAGCUCUACCAGCACAUCCAAGCUGCCCGGUACCCGCAGCCGAGCCAGCUCUCAGCCCAUGCCCAGGCCCUCAUCGCCCACCUGCUGGCCCCUGAUGCUGCAGCACGGCCCAGCCUGCAGGAUGUGCUGGACUACAGCUUCUUCACACAGGUGUGGGGCCGGUGCAGGGCACGGCCAUGGUGGGGAUGGGCCUGGGGGUCAGUGCCUCUCGCUCCUCAGGGCUUCACACCACAGAGGCUGCCACCCCGUGCCUGCCACUCGGUGCCCAUCUUCCUGGCACAGGCCCUGCGGUGCAGACUGCGGCGGUGGCUGUGCCAGGAGCACCGGGAUCACCGCAGCCUCUGCCCCAUGAAGGAGCAGGACCUGAGCCAUGCAAACAUCCGCUUAGGAAAACCUUUAUUAGUGCUAGGAACUGUCUAAAAUCCAGUCAUUGACACAAGCAGGGUGGGACGGGACCAUUACAGACAGCGCACACUCACACCGGUCUGCCCUUAGAACAGGUUAACAAAUAAAUGAAAGACCCAAACCUGAA